GGAUGUGUGUGAAAUGUAUAAAAACGGCCGUUCCUGUCGCACUAGUAGACAUAAACAUGGCAUUCCUUACCUGGAUAACUCUGAUAUUGGCAACGCUACCACCCGCCCUGUGCGCGGAGAUCGGACCUUCGUUUGACAAGUUCGAGUACGAGUUUGGCGUGCUGAAAAAGCUUGAGCAACUUGAAAGAGAGACGAAGCGUUUACUUGAGGAAAACAACCUUCAAACAUCGGCCAUCAGCGAUCUAAAGGAGCAAAUAAAAAAAUCUAAAUCAACAGAAGAUGGUUCAACUUAUACUAGGUUGGGGUAAAUCUUCAUGUGCUGGUAACGGCACAGAGACUAUAUAUUCUGGGCUUGUUGCGGGGUCACACUAUCAACACACAGGUGCAGCUGCCAAUUACCUGUGCCUAACACAGCAACCAUCGUGGAACAAGUAUGACGACGAAGAACAAGAUGGCGGACUUGUUUACGGAGCUGAAUACGAGUUUGAUCUUCGCAGUCGGCCAUAUUUCUUUGGUCGUGAAAUAACUGAUGAGGAUCCACCCUGUGCUGUUUGCCGAACUGAACGGCCAACCGUAAUAAUGAUUCCUGGCAGUCGACAAUGCCUCGAUGGCUGGACAAUGGAAUACCAUGGUUACUUAAGCAGUGGGAGGAACGGUCAUAAUGCAGCUACCGAGUUUGUUUGUCUAGAUGUCGACCCGGAAGUUAUUACUGGCGGAGCAUCUAGUAAUAAUGGCAAGCUGUUCUACCUGACGGAAGUCCGAUGCGGUGCCUCCUCGCUUUGUCCGCCUUAUGUGAAUGGUCGAGAGCUUUCGUGUGUUGUGUGCUCUAAAUGAAUUGCUUUAAAAUCAACCGUUCAAGACCGAGUUAGUAUAUAACAUUGAUAUGUGGUCUUGUUAUAAGUCCAGUUUUUACAACAUUAUAUCUGUGCCUGUGUAACGGAACGGAAUUUUCUAUAACACUUAGUUGUUUGAAAAUUAUUGCAUAUUAAAAAUUAUAUAAAUUGUAUGUGACGUCCAGCUCGUACAGCUCAUGGGUUGACCAAUUGUGAUCUAUAGUAAAAGUAAAUGAUUACAUAUA